AUGCGGCUGGCCUACCGCCAACAAGUCCAGGCCACCCUGUCACCUCCCCCUGUAUCAAACAUCGUCACUGCGUCAUUACGGUACUGCUACCCUGCAUCCUCAUCUCGACCACGCAACACUCACUUGGACCAACCCGUACCCGCCAGCUCUUCCAGUUCGUUUUCCAUGGCUUCACUUCGUCUCACGAUCGAGAAUGGCAAAUUCAGCGAUGAGCAUGGUCGCCAUGUUCUGCUAAGGGGUAUUAAUGUUGGAGGCGACGCCAAACUCCCCAGUGAACCCGACAUUCCCUCGCACAUUGCCGACGACUUCUUCGAUGGCGACAAUGUCAAGUUCCACGGUCGCCCGUUCCGCAAGGAAGACGCCCACAUCCACUUCUCCCGCCUGAAGCGCUUCGGUUACAAUACCAUCCGGUACAUCUUCACCUGGGAGGCCAUCGAGGCUGCUGGUCCGGGGAGGUACGACGAGGAGUGGAUUCAGCACACCAUUGAUGUCCUGAGGGCAGCUAGAGACUAUGGCUUCUACAUAUUCAUGGACCCGCACCAGGACGUGUGGUCGCGCUAUUCCGGCGGGUCGGGUGCGCCCAUGUGGACGGUAUAUGCUUGUGGCCUGAACCCCCAGAGCUUCGCCGCUACCGAAGCCGCCAUCGUCCACAAUACCUAUCCCGAGCCCGAGAAGUUCCCCAAAAUGAUCUGGUCUACCAACUAUUACCGAUUGGCCGUCGCGACCAUGUUCACCUUCUUCUUUGCCGGCCGAGACUUCGCACCGAAAUGCAUUAUAGACGGGAUGAACAUUCAAGACUACCUGCAGGGACAUUUCAUAGGGGCUUGCGCACAUCUCGCCAAGCGGAUACACGAGGCUGGGGAGAUAGAGAACGACAUCGUCUUUGGCUGGGAAAGCAUGAACGAGCCGAACCGGGGCAUGGUUGGGCACGUCGACUUGAGCGUCAUUCCGAAGGAGCAGAACCUGAAGAAAGGUACAUGCCCGACUCUCUGGCAGAGUAUUUUGACAGGCUCCGGACGAGCGUGCGAGGUUGACUCCUGGGACAUGGGAGGCCUGGGUCCGUACAAGGUUGGCCGCACACUCAUCGACCCUCAUGGCGAAAUGGCAUGGCUGCCACGCGACUACGACGAUUCGAGGUACGGUUGGAAACGUGAUCCUGAUUGGAAGCUGGGAGAGUGCAUUUGGGCCCAGCACGGAGUGUGGGAUCCAUCUAAGGAUCUGCUUCUGAAGAAGAACUAUUUUCAGAAGCAUCCGAGGACAGGGGAUACAUUGGACUACCCCAAGUUCACUAACACGUAUUUCAUGGAGUACUAUCGGUCUUAUCGGGACAGCAUAAGAGCCAUCCACAAGGACGCGAUUAUGCUUUGUCAACCGCCGACCCUGGAAAUACCCCCAAGCAUCAAGGGCACGCAAGAUGACGACCCCAACAUGGUCUACGCGCCGCACUACUACGACGGAAUCACACUCAUGACCAAGAAGUGGAAUAGGACGUGGAACGUGGAUGUGUUCGGCGUGCUGCGUGGGAAGUACCUACACCCUGCAUUUGCCAUCAAGAUCGGAGAGACAGCCAUCCGGAACUCGUUCAAGGAACAGCUAGGAGCCAUGAAAAAGGAGGGACUUGACUACAUGGGAAAUCAUCCUUGCGUACUCACCGAGUUCGGAAUCCCAUACGAUAUGGACGACAAGUACGCCUACAAGACCGGGGAUUAUUCGAGUCAAUCUGCGGCUAUGGAUGCCAACCACUUUGCUGUGGAGGGCGCAAUGAUGGACGGUUACACACUGUGGCUCUAUGAUGCGACGAACGACCAUCAGCGAGGAGACCAGUGGAACGGCGAAGAUUUAUCCAUCUUCUCAGUAGACGAUCAGAGUCUGCCUGUUUCGCCCCUACCAUCAACGCUGGAUUCAUCCAAUUCAUUGGGCAAUGCCCGAAAGGAGGUUGACGAUGGGACGACGGUUAAUCCUACCAAUCUUAAGACCAAUAUCACGAACCCGUCAAUCUCGUCCUCUCCGCCAAGUCCGAAUCCCGAAUUGACCAAUGCGCCUGGAUAUCGUGCUGCCGAGGCGUACGUGCGCCCGUCGCCGAUCGUCGUGAACGGAACUAUCAUUAACUACGGCUUCGACCUCAAGAAUUGUCAGUUCGCAAUGAGCAUAAGGGGAACCAAGCCUGCAUCUGAGGAUCUGGUCACCACCAUCUCCCUCCCCGAGUACCAUUUUCCCAAGGAGCAGUGCACCUUGACAGUCAGCUCGGGCAAGUGGGAGAUCAGUACGGACGACGAUGAACAGGCGUGGGUGCAGAAGCUCCGGUGGUGGCAUGGUGCUGGCGAACACAGCCUUAAGAUCACUGGUCAGGUGCGGCCGCACAAUACCCUGACCGGAACAGCGGAAGAGGCGGGUUAUUUGGAGCAAUGCCAGCAGAGCUACGGCAUUGACUUGAAGAGCUGCAACAUCAUGUAA